UCUAAACUUAAGGCUAAACUAAAGCAAUCGGAUUCCGGGAAUAAUAAUGCAAUUAAAAGUAGCAGCAGUUGUAGUGUUGGUAGCGUUGGUGGUGGCAGUGCUAGACCUCCGGCCCCACCGCCCAGGCCUUUAAAUGUCACAAUUAGUGAAACAAAUAAAGCAAAUGAAUUUAAUGAAUCGAUCGCUACUACUAAAGCAAACAACAGCCCAAACACUGACGAUAAUCACAGCUCCGAGUAUUAUGUCUAUCAAAACGACACCAAAUCGCUGGCGACGGACGACAAGCCAUUGGAUGCGUUGGCGUUGCCUUUGGUCGACACAAAUGUGACCCAAUUUGAUGACAAACACGGACCCAAUCAGCGACGCGACGUUUCAUUAGACAAGUGCUUAAAUGGCAACAAAAAAGUCUCGAAGACUUCUUAUCGCAUCAAAAAUAAUUUGUUGAGAAAUACCGUCAAUAUUGGCGCCCAUCACGAGUACAUGAAUAUGAGUCCGUCGGACACGGAAUCAGCCAAAAGGGACCCAUUAAUAGACUAUGAUUUAGUGCCGUCGGGCAUACCGGUGCCCAUUAAUUCGCUGAGGGCUACCAAAAAGCAUGCUUUGCCUAAACAUAGCCUUAAAGUAGUGCCCGAAUAUGAAUACGAUUACGAUAUACCAAAGUGUAGUCAAUUGGGAGCUAAGUCU